AUGAGCGAGGGAAAUGAGCGGCUGAAGGAGACGUAUGCACGGGCGAUCGACGCAGGGCUUCGAGCGGACGUUGAGGACAAGAUUCGAGGCAAGUCGGCGCACGUUCGUACAGUCGGCGGAUUCAUCAUCCAGACACUUCAAGAGCUGCUUGACCUGCUUGAGCAAGACAAACAAGUGCCGCAACACUUCCUCUGGCAGGACGUUGUCUCACUCGAAUACAUCGACCUCGACAUGAUUGCCUGGGUCUCGUACUGCGACGACCCAGCUGGCAAGACCUGGCGACGCAUCCUCGAGAGCCGCAAGCCUGCCAUUGAUGUUUCCGACCGUCGCGUCGCCCGCCAUUGCCGAAUCCACCUUGAGCGUUCGCCAAAGCAAGAGUUUCAGGUCGAAGCCCGUUCGCAGAACCCGAGCUUGUCGGACGACUACGACAGGCUGCUCAGCAGGUAUCCGUGGCCACAGUAG